UAUACUAAGUUUUUUUGGUUGCAGUUCGAGGCAUGUAGGCUGCUUGAAUUAGAUUGCUCACUAAAUGUAAUGAGGAUUCAUGGCGGGUCUACGAUGAGCGUGCCGGCACAACUCGAGGCCUGGACCACUCAACGUGAUAGAGCCCGAGGUAUGCUUCAGACCUUUGGUACGCGGACGGAGUACGAGGAUUCCUACGGAUCGUCGCAAGCGUCGACGUCGGUUCCUUGUGGUCCCGCAUGGCAGCAGCCUCCCUUAUACCACCGACAGGCAGAAGGGUACGGGUACCCCGGUUCUCAGCCCUAUGGAGGGCCAGGUGCCUCGCAAGGGGCUCCAUUUCAUGGAACCCAGUUUACCUCUAUGCCACAUGCUGGAGGGACUUUAGGAUCACAACAGUUCACCGAAGCGGGGCCGUCUUCGUAUCACCCUAUGCCGUCACCAGGAGGAUAUGAAGGAGCUUCUUCCUAUCCACCACCACCUCCUCCAACACAGGGGUGGUCUGAAGACAACGCCGCGGCCUCCUUGGACGAGUUUACACGGUUGUUUGCUACGGCUGCCCAGGACGAUGAUCCCAGCUUGCAUACACCUCUGGCUCAGUUACGCCAUCCUGCCAGAAACGUAGGGCCACCGGAACGUCAUAGCUACCCUACAGAUCAUGCACACGCACAAUGUAAGAGAGGUCGGAAUGGUAGGGGUGGUUAGUUGUUUGCACUUGUUUCUCCGGCGGCAUUAUGGACUGUUUCGACUGUUCGGAUUAUGGUUGUUUUUGAUUGUGGUAGUUUACUUGUCAUUUAUUUCUAUAUAUAUUAUUGAUGUGAACUUGUUAUGUUUGUGGGUUC